UCUCAGAUGUUGUCUCUCUCAAUUUUGUUCAAACUCAGGAAUUACCUUGUCGUUCAUACACAUAUAUGUCGUAAGGUUCACCCUCUUGGUGUAUACAACAACUUUUGAAAAUUACAAGAUCGUUUUUAUACUAAGUAUUCUUUAAACGCAAUCAGUUUGGGAAAUAGCAGCGUAUCCCUGGGAUCAGCGAAAGUUACUUUUCUAAAGUAUCCCGCGGGGCAGCAAGGUGUUGCAGAAACGGAUUUAUAUCGCUCUUAGGGAUAAUUUACCAUCCCGAGUCCCAGUGAUUGGGCUCAUUACGGCUAUGUCCUCUUCCACAGUCAAGGGACAUUUAUCGUGAUUCAUUCAAGAAGAGGUUGUGCCACCUUUUAUUUCGCUUGUGGACAUCUAUGGAGAGCGUCCUGCUGCAUGCUCUCACGCCAGCAGUGGAGUCUACUUUUCACCUCCGGUCUUCCCUUCACACGCACUCCGGGACAAAGCUGUGAAUGUUGACUCUAAUAAGACCCAACAUAGUGGAAGAGGACUACCAUCACCUCAUUUGAAUGCCUUUGCAAGGAUUUCGCUGGUUUUUGUGCUGCAGGCAGGGAUUCAGUUUGCUCGGACGGGACUAUGGGGAGAGAGAAGAGGAAGAAUCGUUUGAAUUGCGCAACAACGAGAACCUGACUUCCAAUGGACGGAUCCCAACUGACGUGACUGUUUCUCAACCUACACACACGGCGAAUGGAACCAAUGGGCACCUGGUUCCAGGGGUCGCGGGCGAGAUGAAGAGUCUGAUCAUUGAGAAGAAUAACAUGGGCCUGGAGGACGACCCGGAGCUGCUGGUGAAAGGGUGGCUGUUGCGGGAGGUGCGGGGCAGCUGGAUCAAGCAGCGGCGCUACUGGUUCGUCCUGAGUCAGGACUCCCUGGACUACUACAGCGGGCCGGAGAAGGGAGCCCGUAGGCUGGGCACCGUGGUGCUCACCAGCCUGUGCUCCGUCAUCUGGCCCGACAAGCAGAGCUACAAGGAGACGGGGUACUGGAGCCUCACGGUGUACGGACGCAAGCACUGCUACCGGCUCUACACGCGGCACUUCAACGAGGCGGUGCACUGGGCGUGCGCCGUGCAGAAGGUCAUCGACACCAAAGCACCGGUGGAGACGCCCACCCAGCUGUUGCUGCGGGACAUCGAGGUGUGUGUGUGUGUGUGUGUGUGUGUGUGUGUGUGUGUGUGUGUGUGUGUGUGUGUGUGUGUGUGUGUGUGUGUGUGUGUGUGUGUGUGUGUGUGUGUGUGUGUGUGUGUCAUCAGCCUGCAGAUGCAUACAAACUGUAAAGCAUACACUUGCACACAGACAGACAGACGGACACACGUGCACACAGACAGACACACGUGCACACUACAGCAUACAAAUGAACGGCUGCACAGCUGCUGCUAAACUGUCAGGGACAAGGACUGCCCUAAAACAAGCCAACAAGUUCUCUCUCUCUCUGUCUCUGUCUCUG